AUGGAACUUUCAUCCGAGGCUUGGUCAGCACUCAAAAUAUAUCACCAGUACAUGUUUGAACCCACAAGCAGCAGACAUACCGCAUAUAUUUUAAGUUCAGCAGUCAGUCAUAACGUGCUUUCGGGCAUCAACUUCGACAACAAGUCCGGACAUAUGAAGAGCACGAGAAGUCUUUGUGAUUAUGAUUUCAAUUUAAAAGAAAACAUAACAAAAUUCCUCAGGGAAUCGUAUCCUUUUGGGACUUCCACUUCCUUGCUAGAUGAUUGGCUUGCACUGAAUGAUGAUCGUCUAAUGCCAGGGAAUGCACGACUAAUAGUGGCAGCCUUUCUUCGGACAAGCUGCUAG